AUGGGUGUCCCCAAAUUCUUCAGAUGGCUCAGCGAGCGGUAUCCUGCGAUCUCGCAGUUGAUUGCGGAGAACCGGAUUCCUGAAUUCGACUGUCUGUACCUGGACAUGAAUGGUAUCAUCCACAAUUGUACCCACAAAGAUUCAGACUCACCCACCUUUCGCAUGACGGAGGAGAAGAUGUUCAUAGCGAUUUUCAACUAUAUCGAGCAUCUUUUUGGCAAGAUCAAACCUAAAAAGCUGUUCUUCAUGGCAAUUGACGGGGUAGCACCCAGAGCCAAGAUGAAUCAGCAACGUGCACGUCGGUUCCGCACUGCCCUUGAUGCUGAGAAAGCCCGUGAAAAGGCCAUCAAGGAAGGAUUGGAGAUGCCCAAAGAAGACCCCUUUGACAGCAACUGCAUUACCCCAGGAACCGAAUUCAUGGCCAAACUCACCAAGCAGUUGAAGUAUUUCAUCAGCAAAAAAGUCUCGGAAGAUGUCGAUUGGCAAGGAGUCGAAGUUGUCUUAUCAGGGCAUGAAGUUCCAGGUGAAGGCGAACAUAAAAUCAUGGAGUACAUUCGCCAAGCAAAAGCGCAACCCGGCUAUGACCCCAAUGUCCGCCAUUGUUUAUACGGACUCGACGCCGAUCUUAUCAUGUUGGGUCUUCUCAGUCAUGAUCCCCACUUCUGCCUACUCCGUGAGGAGGUCACUUUCGGAAGGCAAGCAACCAAGAAAUCAAAAGAGCUAGAACAUCAGAACUUCUACCUCUUGCACCUGUGCAUUGUCAGAGAGUAUCUAGAGCUGGAAUUCCAGGAGUUGGAACAGCCCGGAGCACUUAGCUUUCCUUUUGACAUGGAAAGAAUCAUUGACGACUUCAUUCUCAUGGCUUUCUUUGUGGGCAACGACUUUCUUCCCAACCUUCCAAACCUGCACAUCAACGAAGGGGCGCUGGCGCUCAUGUUUCAGAAAUACAAAGAAGUCCUUCCCAAGAUGGGUGGUUAUAUCAACGAACAAGGCGUUAUCAACUUGGAACGCUUGGGUGUUCUUUUAGAUGCGCUUUCUGAGGUCGAGUAUCGUUUCUUCGAAUCAGAGUACGCGGACGCGAAGUGGAUCAAUGCGAAGAGGAAUGCUCAGCUCAAUGAUGAAAACGGGGAGGAUACUCUCAAACCAUCACGCGGGCCUGUCAGAAUCUCACCUGAGCAGAAGAAACUGUUCAAGGAGGUGAAGAAAUACUUUAUCGCACCAGCGAACAAGGACCCUGCCACUUGGCAGCCGCUCAAACUGCCGCCAACUCUUCCUGCGAGAGAUCGCAAGUUCAUAGAACAGUUGGCGACCGAUUUGAACCUACGGUGGUCCACGCAGGAGGACGAGGAGGGGAAUCGUUUCAUCCAGUUGGAAUUUCCGCCAACAGACAAGGAUGCCGACUCCGAAGAAGACGAGGAAGCUCAGUUGGCCGUCACACGAGUUCUCAAGCGGUAUGAGAAUGCCAAAGUCGAGGAUGUGACCGACGAACAAACCCAGCAGGACAUGAAGAAGAAAUACGAUGCCAAAUUCCUAGAAUGGAAAGACAAGUAUUAUCGCGAGAAGUUUGACUGGGGUCUCGAUAAUGACGAAGAACUCAGGAAGCUUGCCGAGAACUACGUUCAAGGAUUGCAGUGGGUACUCUUCUAUUACUAUCGGGGUAUUGCGUCCUGGCCUUGGUUCUACCAAUACCACUACUCUCCCAUGAUAUCCGACAUCAAGAAAGGCCUAGGUGCGGACUUGAAUUUCCAACUGGGGCAACCGUUCAAGCCGUUCCAGCAAUUGAUGGGGGUGCUGCCCGACCGGAGCAAGAAAAUUGUCCCUGAAGUUUAUCACGAAUUGAUGACGUCGAAAGACUCACCCAUUAUCGACUUUUAUCCGCGAGAUUUCGAGCUGGACAUGAAUGGCAAGAAGAUGGAGUGGGAAGCCGUGGUCAAGAUUCCCUUCAUCGAUGAAAAACGGUUACUCAAGGCCAUGGAACCGAAGGAUGCUCUUCUUUCAGAGGAUGAACGUGUCCGUAACGAUUUCGGGGUUAGUCUCAAAUUUGUCUACUCCCCUGAGGUAGAUUACACUUAUCCGUCCUCUCUAGUGGGCAUUUUCCCGGAUCUUCCUCAUUGCCAUUGUAUUCAGAAUGAGUUCGAGCUUCCCACCAUGGAUGGUCUGGAACCCUAUGUUGGCUUGGUGGAAGGUGUCAAGCUUGGAGCUGCAGCUUUGGCCGGGUUUCCCAGUCUGAAGACGUUGCCGUUCACCGGCUCUUUGGGAUUCCACGGUGUCAAUGUUUUCCAACAGGACAGUCGUAACGAAAGCAUGAUCAUCACGCUGUUGGAUACUGAGACGAGGACCAAGGUGGAAUAUGCCAAAAAGCUCCUCAAUCAGCGGGUUUUUGUUGGAUACCCGUUUUUGCAAGAAGCAAAGAUUGUCAAGGUACUGGACGAACUUUUCGAUUACACCAGUCCGGAACACGCGCCCACGGAUGUCCAGGCAACCGAGCAUGCGGGUCACGAAAUUGACCAAUUCCAUAAGAAGGCCGAACGUAUUGAGAAGUGGUACAGCAAACGACUGGGAAUGCUGACAGGCGAUAUCGAGUCUCUUGUUCAAGUCGAGAUGCUUAAGGGCCUGAAGAAACUUGAUGACGGUUCCACCGUCAAGGAGUACGCCGAAAUGCCGGGUUUGGAGACGGUGCACCCCGCCCAACUUGUGGUUGAACACGUUAUCAGCGAAGAUGUUCGCUUCAUCGAAAAGGCAGCCCUCCCCAUCGAGGAAGAGUUUCCUGAUGGCACGAACGCCUUCUUCCUUGGAGACUAUGCCUUUGGCAGACCUGUCAGUGUGGUUGGGCACGAGAAUGGGAAAUUAAAGUGUUUGAUUGCGCUUUCUACAGCACGGCAAGUCGAGUUCGGACGCGAGAUAGCUCUACAGGCGGAGAGACUGUCGCCAUAUGUUCCUUCUUACCAGGUUGCUCGCAGUCUCAAUCUGAACGCCCUGGUACUGGCCAAGAUUACGUCUUCCUUUUCUGUGAGAGUUGACGAUCAACGAGUGAACCUGGGUCUCAAUCUCAAAUUUGAAGCCAAGAAGCUGAAGGUACUCGGAUAUUCCCGAAAGGGCCAAAGUGGAUGGGAGUUCAGCCAGGCCGCGAUUGAGCUCAUCAAACAGUACAUGAUCAAAUUCCCAGAGUUUAUUGCCGGCAUUCAUAACAACCCCCAAGGAGAUAUGCUGCCAGUGACGGCGUACUUUCCUGGUAUGGAUGAGAAAGACGCGAAGGCCAAGGUCAAAGAAAUCCUAGCCUGGCUCAAAGAAAUCGAGUCAAAGAGCUUUGAAAAGGUGCCCUUGGAAGCCGAACAGCUGGACUCUGAGAUUGUCAAGCGGAUUGAGCAAGCAGCUGAUGAAGCGUUACGCAGCGAGCCGCCUCCGCAGAAUAAGACGAUCGGGGGAGUGCCUCGAAACGCGCUCUUGAAGCCUUCAGACGCACAAUGGCGGCUGGGGAAUCAGAGAUUUGCCCUUGGCGACAGAGUUAUCUAUGUGGCUGACUCCGGCAAGGUCCCAAUCGCCUCGAAGGGAACCGUGGUGGGACUUACGCAAACUACGAGAGAGACGUUCUUGGACGUUGUCUUCGACGUGUCUUUUAUGAGUGGCACUUCAUUAGGCGACCGCUGCUCACCGUUCCGAGGAUCUACUGUGCCGACCUGGUCAGUCCUCAACCUCACCAACCGACAAGUUGUUGCUUUGUCGAAGGCGAGCGCAAAUCGACACCCGAAUGGGACCAAUCCAACCCCUCUCACCGUAAACGGUUACGGGCCACCAGGUAUCAAUGGCCGAGGUCAACUGCGUCCAGCACAAACUCCGCCAGCAUUGAGAGGGUCGUGGCGAGGAGCAGUCGGCGGGCAAUCUCCAGGCGGUCGCGGAGCCGCCAACGGCAACACUGGUCGAGGCAAUCACUACACGGUGCCGAUCCGGAGUUUCUCUACCCCUAAUGGCAAUCGUGGACACGCAAACAACAAUCCGUCUGCCCAGGGUCGCGGAGGCCGUGGCUCCAUGGCUCAGACCGGACGAGCAGGAUAUGUAUCGGUCGAUCGAGGCGAUCCUCAGGCUGGCGUGCUCCAACAUAAUCCCAACUUCAGGCCUAAGGCUCACAACAACGUGCCACCGCCCGCAUCUCUGAACCAGCCUGCGACUCCACGUGGCCGGGGCAGAGGGAGAGGAGGCGCGCCGAGAGGAGGACGAGGUUCGAGCCGCGGCGGAACUUCCUGA